AUGGGCACCAUGUAUGGCAGUGUUGAGUAUUGGGAUGAACGUUAUACUAUCAGUGGCCAGUCUUAUGAAUGGUACCUAAGCUGGCCUGAAGUAUUCACCCAAGCUAAACUAUCCUUACGUGAGGGAUCUAAUGUUUUACACAUUGGUUGUGGCACUAGCAACCUUGCAAAUCAUCUAAAGCAGUCAUACAACCUUUCGAGUUUGAAUAUUGAUUGUAGCAACGUAGCUAUUACUAAAAUGAACACCAGAAAUGAAUUUUUAGAUGUCAAAUAUCAGAAGUUAAAUGUUUUACAUAUGUCAUUUGACAAGGAUUUUGAUUACAUUUUUGACAAAGCAUUAUUUGAUAGCAUUCUUUGUUCGAAGGAUCCGGAUGUUGGUGUAAAUAAGCUACUUUCUAAUGUUUAUGAAUCGUUAAGACCAGGGGGAUCAUAUAUCAUCGUAUCAUUUGGCCUCAUUGGCAUACGGAUGUCAUAUUUAGACAAUUUGGAUUGGAAAAUACAGCACACAAUUUUAACCUCUGCCAAUGAUAAAGAGGCGAAUAACCGUUACAAUCUGUAUAUAUGCAAAAAGGAUGAUAAAUCGUAG